AUGCGCUAUGAAUACGAAGCAUUAGAAAGUAACAUUGAUAUGGUUCCCUCCAAAUCUACUAGAAAAAGUUCAAGACGAUCUUCUAUACUUAAACCUCCCAAACCACGCCAACCUCUACAAAACUUAAACAGUUCAUCUAAAGAAAGCAGUCCUGCUACAACAAAGAUUAAAAGACGUGUCAGUUUUGCAGAGAAAAAGCAUGUUAAAGAAUUUUGCAAUUCCUUGGAGCAAGGAACUGUAUGGGAUAAUACAUAUGAAGAACAUGAUUUGAGUAAUUUUAAAAUAUCUACUAAAAAUCAAGAAGAACAUCAGGUUGCAAAUUUUUGUAAAGAAACUAUCUAUAGUAGUACUCAAGAAAAUAAUGUGCAAUUUACUUGCAAUGAAGAAAUUGAGAAAAAUCUAAAUAUAGAAGAUUGUAGUCAAAAUAUAAAUUUAAAUAAACAUGUAAAGUGUCAGAAUGAAAUGUUACUAUGUACACCACUGUCAGUUACAUUUAAUGAUGGAAGUCCUCAGAAAGAUUGUAUUGUACAGAAGUUUCAGCAAUUUAACAAACCUAAUGUAGCAAUGGUAGAAGUAAGAAAUGAGGAUACAUCAAUGGAACUAACUGUAGCUGUACCAUCUGUUAUUCAACCUGUUGAUAAUGUAGAAACAGCUACAUGUUUUGUAGAUGAUAGAACUCAAAGAUUUGAUAAUAUUUCUAUGGAAAUAACUGCAGCAGUACCAAAUGCAUUAUAUCUUUUGCAGUCAAAUGACAAUAAAAUUAUAAUUUUUAAUGAUGUCUCAAUGGAUAUCACUGAACUUGUGGAAAAAAGGGUUCAUAAGUCAUCUAAUAGGACAACAGUAAUGCAAGACAUACUACAACAUAAAUGUGAUACUGCAAACCAGGAUGAAGAAACUAAAUUAUUAAAUGUGUCUAUGGAAAUGACUGAAAUGAUUCCAGUUAAUGUACAUUCUGUAACUAGAUCUUUUGAAACAAAUGGACUGAAUUAUGAUACCGCAAAGAAUAAUUCAAAAAAAUUAAGAUAUGAUACAGAUGCUUAUGAAACAUCAAUAAAUCAUGAUGAGACUAGAAUUUUUAAUGAUGAGGAAAUGGAAUUAACUACAGCUAUAACAGCUUCAUCUGAAGUACUCCAAACUGAUCCCCGAAUACCUGUAGAAAAUACUCCUUACCUGCAAUCAAAGCUUGAUAGAACUAAAAUCUGUAAGAAUGAGGAAAUGGAAUUCACUACAGCUAUAAUAGCUUCAUCUGAAGUACUCCAAACUGACUUACAAGUACCUGUAGAAAAUACUGCUUACUUACAAUCAAAGCAUGAUAGAACUAAAAUCUGUAAUAACGAGGAAAUGGAAUUUACUACAGCUAUAACAGCUUCAUCUGAAGUACUCCAAACUGAUUCACGAAUACCUGUAGAAAACACUCCUUACCUGCAAUCAAAGCUUGAUAGAACUAAAAUCUGUAAUAAUGAGGAAAUGGAAUUUACUACAGCUAUAACAGCUUCAUCUGAAGUACUUCAACCUGACUCACAAGUACCUGUAGAAAAUACUGCUUACUUACAAUCAAAGCUUGAUAGAACUAAAAUCUGUAAUAACGAGGAAAUGGAAUUUACUACAGCUAUAACAGCUUCAUCUGAAGUACUCCAACCUGACUCACAAGUACCUGUAGAAAAUACUGCUUACUUACAAUCAAAGCUUGAUAGAACUAAAAUCUGUAAUAACGAGGAAAUGGAAUUUACUACAGCUAUAACAGCUUCAUCUGAAGUACUCCAAAUUGACUCACAAGUACCUGUAGAAAAUACUCCCUACUUACAACCAAAUUUGGCUAAUUCAGUAUUAGAGAUUUAUAGAAAUGGCAGUGCAAAUUCAAUAUCAAACAGAACUACUAUCUUUUGUAAUAAUUCAAUGACAAUGACAAAGGUGGUAUCAUUGCUUAAUACAGAAGAUGUCAUGAUAGAUAAUGCAUCAGAUAAAAAUAAUCAAGAAUCCAGUAAAGCCAUGUUAUUUCCAAAUACAUCUACGGAAGUCACAGAAGCUGUGGUAACAUCACAGCCUCAUUCUCAAACAGAUGACCCUAUUGCAAAUUCUACUAAAUUUAGGCAAUCAAUAUUGUCAAAAAGUUGUGAAAACAAAGAUCUUGUUACUAACUCUUCAACUUAUGCAGAUAAAAUUCUAAAAGAUUCCUCUAAUAUAGAAAACAGUCUUAUAGAAGAAUCUACUCCAGUUGAAGUUCAGAGUUCUGCCAGUCUUAAACCUAGCAUAGCCUUGCAUGAGUUAAUGCAGCAACAUACUUGUGUUUCAGCUUUAAAAGAAAAUAACACAGAAAAAGCUUAUGCCGUAUUUAAUUCCGCAUCGAACGAUUCAUUUUCUGCUGUAAAUUCGGAAAUAAAUAAAACUGAGUGCUUACAAAACGCAACAUCAAGUUCAAGGCGUACAUACAUAAUUCAACCAUUAAAUAAUGAUCAAACCCUUACAAUCAGUAACAAGGAAAAUAAUAAAAUUUCAGAAAUGAAUCAUGAGACUCUAUUUUGCACCUUAAAUGAUAAAGAAAGUAGCAUAUGUAAUAUUUCGAAUAAUCCAUCCAAUGUACAAAGUGGAGAAGAUUGUGAUGAAGAGCAUGUAAUGGAGAAAUAUGUUACAUUUCACAAUGAAGAUUUAGAAGAUAUAGAUUUAAUUGAACCCCCAAUGUUUGUUUGCUUGGAUGAUAUAUCAAGUGCAAGUACAUCUAUGAGUGUCACUUGUAAUCAGGAAGUAGAUAUGGAAAUGAAUUGCCUUUCAAAGAAUGAAAAUACUAAAUCUGAAGAUUCUUCGAAAUUCGAUGUCAAUUAUAGCAAUCAUAAUUUAGAGCAGGAUAGUGAAGAAAAUGUGCGUAAAUCGGAUAUAUUUGUAAUUAAAUGUUCUCGUCCGAAUGAACAAUUAGAGAAAUCAAAACUUGAACAGGAAGAUCAAGAGCAAACCAAUAAAAUUCAGAAGUUCAAGUUGCUAGAUGUGAGAGAUACUAACACAAAGAUUCAAGUUUUGGAAUGUUCAUCUUCAAUAAUAUGCGAUAAUGAAAAAUUGAUAACAUCUAAUGGUGAAAAAGAUCCCAAGGAUUUAUGUAGAGAUAACUCCAACUUAGAAAAUCAAAAUAUGGAAUGCUCAUUAUCAAAUAUAAUACCUAUUUAUGAAAGCACUCCAAAAGUUGAUACUGAAAAUAACGACAAAUUAAUCAAUAUACAUGUGAUGGAAAUAGAUAAUCAAUUUUAUUCUAAUGAACAAAUAAAAUCAACUCUAGAAUUCGAUGCUGCUUGUACAGAAGAACAUAUUUCAAACGAACUAGAUCCUUUUUCUUCUUUAAUGAACGAGUUAAGAGUUUGUGCGAAAAGUGACGACAUCAUUUGGGAACUAUACCAUGAAAAUAUCGAGAGAAACGUGUUCGUAAUCGGUUUUAUAUCGUGUUCACUGUUGGUAAUAAUAUAUGUACGAGAUAUUUGUGAUGUAACAGGCGAUCGGUAUAUUAAAGAAGUCAAAGUAACGUCUCGCUUAGCAGACAACGCGGGCGAAUUAAUAGGUAUAGUUCAUCGGAUAAUUCUCGAAAAGGUAGACGUUAAACAAUUGUUAAAUCUGUACAAAAAUCGUGAAGACAUCUUGCCGAUGUUGGAUCACAUCGCGAAAGAAGUAAAAUUAGCCAUGGACUUUAUGUUCGACGUGAAACGUUUGAAUAAUAUAAACUUGAUGGAAAUAACACGUGAUAGUAUAUCUUUCGUAUCGCGAACUAAAAGGAUGGAUAUUAUACUAAAGAUUACGAUAUGUAUUAAACCAUUCGACAGGAUUGAAUCUCAAGAUAUCUCUGUCCAUUGUAUACUAGGUUCUGUAAGAGAAGAGGACGUUAAAAUGUUGAUAACGAAUAUAAAAAAGGACCAUAAAUUUCUGCGAAGGUAUAUGAACGACGUGAAAGACUACAUAUACCUGAUGGAAGAUUGCGGUGGCGUGAUUGAAAAAUCGAAUUAG